AUGAGCUCUCGGGCAACAGCAUUCAAGAUGAAUAAUACUUUUGUGCGUCCAGAAAUGUUCUACAUAAGUGGUUUGCAAGAUAUGCCCUUUGCUAACUACUUUUAUAUUUUUUUAGUUGUUAUGUAUUUUCUUACCGUGUUUUCUAAUAUUUUUGUUAUUGUACUAAUAUAUUUGGAGCAAAGUCUUCAUAGUCCAAAGUACAUUGCUGUUAGUCAAUUAGCAUUAGCUGAUUUGUGUGCAACUACAGCUGUCGUUCCUAAAGUAAUCGAUACAUUUCUUUUUAACUCAAAUUUUAUUAGAUAUGAUGAAUGUCUAGCUAACAUGUUUUUUGUUCAUUGCUUUACUGCAGUGCAGUCACUUUCGCUGGCAAUAUUAGCUUAUGACCGCUUACUUGCCAUUUGUUUCCCUUUACAAUAUCACAGCAUUAACACUAACAGCAGGAUGAUGUUAAUUAUAAUCUGUGUUUGGCUCUUUACUGUGGUCAUUGUAUCUGUCACUGUCAUCCUGAUUACCAGACUCAGCUUCUGCAGAUCCACGGUGAUAAACAGCUAUUUCUGUGACCAUGGACCUGUCUACCGCUUAGCUUGCAACGAUACUAGUCUAAAUUUUAUAAUGGCUGUUACUAACAUAGUAUUGUUUCUUUUUGUGUCACUGGCAUUCAUUCUUUUUACUUAUUUAGCAAUUGGGUUAGCAUUGUUAAAAAUUGCAACAUCAGAAGGAAGACAGAAAGCACUAAAAACCUGCACUUCACAUAUCAUCUUAGUGGCAAUGUUUUAUACUCCAAUAGCAAUUACGUAUUUGGUAGAUCAGGUAUGUAAAACAAAUCCAAAUGCAAGAAUUCUAAAUAAUUUAUUGUCUGCAACAGUUCCACCAAUACUGAAUCCUGUAAUUUAUACUCUAAAAACUGAAGAGAUGAUGAAUUCAGUUACAAAAUAUAUCAAAAGAAAACAAGGCAAUAAUGGUAAAAUAACUUUUUAG